AUGUUUAAGAGCAGGCGACUUAAAAGCGUAUCCAAUGCUAUUAAAACAGCUUCGAGCAGUGAUGUAUCAGUGGGUUUGGGACCCAAAAUGUUUGAUAUAAGAGAAGUUAGCCGUUACGGAAUGAACGGCACUGUUAAAGCGCUUGCCUUCGACCCAGUCCAGAGUUUACUGGCCCUUGCAACUGAUGCGGGAGAAAUUCACGUAUACGGUAAGCAGCAAGUGGAGGUUGUUUUCACGCUAGACUCCAAGGCUAUUGUUAAGGAAUUACGUUUUGUGAAAGGCAUCUAUCUGAUUGCAGUGGAUUCUAAAGACUCUGUAUUAGUGUUGUCGCUGUAUUCCAAGAAGGUCUUGACAGCUUUCUUCGCACCAGGCAAAAUAUCCUGUAUCGAAACCGAUCCAUCUCUGGAAUGGAUGUUGAUCGGUCUUCAGAGCGGUUCCACAGUGAUAUACGACAUUGACAAAGAUUGCAUUUCUCCCAUGCGGAUCGAGAACUUGCAAAAAACGACUCUCCCACAAGAGCACUUGUCAGAAGUUGUUUCAAUUCAGUGGAAUCCUAGGGACUAUGGCACUGUUUUGAUAUCAUAUAAGCUUGUGACAGUGAUUUACUCCAUAGUAGAGAACAGGGUCAAACAGCAGUUCAUUUACACAGUGCCACCAUUCGCCCCAGGUGGAGACCAGAGUGGAAACUUGAAGACCGCCAGAACGCCCGAGGUGUGCCAAUCUAUGUUCCACCCUAAUUCUCUGCAUAUCUUAACAGUUCAUCGCGACAGCUCUUUAGUGUUUUGGGAUGCAAACACUGGUAAGCUACUACAUGCACGGUCGCUGUUCGAAACAGAUGUAAACGUCCCUCGAGACACCCUGGAAUCCGCACCACAGACAUUGUCUCAAAUUUUGCAAGUUUCUUGGAUUUGCGCUACUAACCCAGAAUACACAUCGCUACUUAUAGCAGGAGGGUCCAUUGGAGAAGGAAACUCGUGUCACAACCUGACAAUGAUAGACCUUGGUGCCACCCCCAUGUAUUCUGUUACCUCUUAUGAAAAAAUGGGGGCUUAUUACGCAUCGCCAGUUCAACAGAAGGUAUUUCCGGUUCCAAAUGAGGCGUCCAUUACAAGGUUUUUACCGCUAGCCAGAGCUUCCUGCCAUUUCUCGGGAAACCACGAUCCUGCUAUUGUUUUGGUACUCUUAGAUGAUGGCGAGAUCGAGACCGUCUUAUUUCCAUCUGGCAACAUUUCCUAUAAAGCAUCGCUCUUUCCACAAAGUAUAUCAUGGAUCAGACCGGUAGCAACAAAAUGCGCAGCCACGUCCGUGCCCAAGAAGCUUUGGCUAGGAAUGAUGACUUCCACUUACAACAAAGACUUUCUUUUGAAAGGUGGGGCUCCAAUCAAAAAGCCUUUGAGAGUACACGAUACGCGUUCAGCGCUGGCUACAGGUCAUAAAAACGGAUCCGUAAGGAUAUGGGAUGCUUCUCAUGGGGAACUCGACGAUAGCUCCGUAUUUGAUGUCAGCGUUUCCCAUGCCCUGAACAAAAGUUUUGAGGUUGCUGUGGAUAAUGUGUCCUUCGCAUCUGAGACUGCUGAGCUUGCGGUCUCGACGGGAGGAGGGGAUGUCGUUCUAUUUAAAUUCCAAGCCAAUCAAUACUUUGGUGCUAAUGAGAGCACGAAUGAAACAGAGAUAAAGCUGAGAAGAUUCUCGCUUAACGAAGUCAAAGAGCUUAUUGUUGACAUCUCUGAUCGAGCGCCACGCAAAUUGAGAGAAGGGUUCAUGCCAAAUUGUGCCAUUCAUGCAAACGCUGGGAAAAUUUUGGCUCUGAAGAAUAGCAACGUCGGUUUUGUUGCGAUGGCUUAUGAGAAAGGGCUUCUUAUGGUCCUAGACAGAAGGGGCCCUGCCAUCAUAUACUCCGAAGAUGUCAAGAAGGUUUCUCGCGAGGGAAGUACAUUAAUCACUUGUAUCGAAUUUUCGGUGGCAGAGUACGGAGAUGACAGAUACUCCAGCAUACUGAUGACUUGUGGAACCGAACUUGGGGAAGUAUUGAUUUUCAAGAUUCUCCCCGAAACAAGUGGACGUUUCAUAGUGCAGGCCAUUGAUGCAAUUAAGACAAACGACCAAGGCCCAAUAUCCGCUAUUGAUACAUUUUCUAAAACCACUGGCGCUUCUUGUGCCGCAACAAUUGCCGCUCUGCAAGAACUUUCAAAAGGUAUCCCAGUACCUGCAUUCACAGUGGUGGCCGGAUACAACGACAUUCGGUUGUUCACAGCUGGCAAGUCUAAGGACUCUCACAGGAUUUUCAAAUCACCAAUCGCUACUGCCGGGCUUUGUUUCGUUCGCGUACCCGAAAUCGCGAAGAAAGGAAGCUCGCUUGCAGCCGCUAUUGUUUGCUUGCUGACCAGCGGCGAGGUCAAGGUCUUUACGGCACCUGAGCUCCGCGAGUUAUAUUCUACUCGAUUGCCAAUGCCAGUGCAAUCUAAGUAUAUUAAAGAAGCUUCAAUCCUGCGAAAUGGUGACAUUGUGGUAAGGGUCAGCAAAUGCGAAGCAAGCUUAUUGACUGUGCUGAGAGAAACGGCUACGAAGACGGACAAGUCUAGUGCAAAUUCCGUACAAUCAGCAACAGAUAGCUUAUACAACCCUGCUUUGCGUAUUACUUGUCGCCCGCAGGUCAAUUCCUUGCAAUGGGCUCGGGGAUCGAUAUAUGUGAAGCGUGGUGAUCUAGACAAACUAUUCGGCACGGAUCGCAAGCCAUACAAGUACGAGGAAAGUAACAUUGCAAACGGGACGAUAUCGCUGGACCCGCAAGAAAAUGUCACCAACACACACCAACUGAACGCAUAUGAUGGCCUUCAUUCUUACGUUGCUCCAGUACGUCAUGCAGCUCGCUCAGAGGCUAUGGGAACAAUGAGAUACAUUUCAAGAGCGGUUGAGAACGGAAUGGACUCAUUAGAAGGUCGGCUCAACGACUACGCUACAGCUACAGGAGAGACUCUUAAUGAUGCCAUAGAACAGACCGGUUCAGACAUAGUGAAAGGUGCUUUCAGGUCCAAGAUGGGCUUUUAA